CUCCUAUACAGAUAACUAUAUAUUUAUAAUGAUUUUCCUAUGAGUAUGUCAAUCAGCAUUUUGAACAGAGCGUCUUCUAAAACUUCUGAGGAAUAUAAAUCUGAACAGUGAAUUAUCAAGUAUUGAAUAAAAUGGCGAGUUAUUAUCACAGAAUCAGUAAUCGUCCUAUGUGCAAUGACACUAUCCCCGGUAGAUUAGGUAAAUUCGCUAAAGCUAACCCAAACAAAGAGGCAAUUGUUUACUAUGACAACAAACACCAACGAACCUCUAUAACAAGAAAACAACUCUAUGAUGGAACAGAGCAGUUUGCCAAAGCCCUUGUCAAGCAAGGAAUCAAGAAAGGUGAUCGAAUUGCCCUCUGUGUAUCGAACUGUGUUGAGUGGAUGGUAUAUGACAGCGGUAUUAUGAUGGCAGGAGGGUGUUCGGUGAGACUCUGGGCCGGACAAGCUGAUUUCUUACCCAUGCUAGAAGAUUGUGUGGCAGUAAUUUUAGACUCAGACCCAACAUUUUACAAUUUAUUACAGAAAGAGGCAAAGAUUUCAGAAGAUGGUACUGCAGUUAGUGGAAGUUUCCCAAAACUGCGUUUGGCCAUUAAUGUUUCAAAAACAAAAUCACCAAUUAAAGGUCUAAGUCUUCAAAAGAUGAUAGAACAGGUAAAGCAAGAUAAAAGUAUAACCCUUCCUUUGAUGGAGGCCGAAGAUAUCACAAUUAUUUCACAAACAUCUGGAACAACAGGAAAACCUAAGCGGGUUACUCAUAGCAGCUUUGAUAUCAUUAAUGCUUCGGAAGUUUAUUGUAAAGAACUUGGUUUAACUGAAAAUGAUGGAUUUUUCAAUGAACGUUAUUUUGGUUUUGGUGGGUCAUACCCUCUCUCAUUUAUAGCAACUGGGCUGAAAUAUGUCUCUGCAGAUAUAUGUAGCCUAAAUGCCCCAAAAGACUUCACUAAACUGAAUGAAAUCUUGAAAAAUGAAGGAUGCAAAAAGAUCGCUUUAAUGCCAUCAGAUUUACAUUUCUGUCCAGAAAAGGAAAACAUGAUGGAUUUCGUUAUGAUAGCAGGUGACAUGACAUCCUUAGAUAAUAUAAAGCGUGGUUUAUCUUGCUCAAUAUUAAUCGAUCACUUUAUGGCCACCGCUGAAACUCUAAUAAUUGGUCAUAAGAGUUUCACGAAAGACAACGUUGAUAGUUAUGUUCCUGGAAUAAUUGGCCGACCAUUUCCAGAUGUGGAAGUAAAACUUGUGGAUGAUAAUAACACAAUUGUCGACAUCGGCGAAGAAGGUUAUUUAUGUGUGCGAGCUGUAUGGUGCUCAAAAGUGACUGCUGACGGAGAAUCAAUUCUAGACAAAGGAUGGUUUAAGACAACAGAUAUUUGUAAAAUGACUGAGGAUAAAGAAAUAAUUUUGUACGGCAAAGACGUUGACUUCAUUACAAAGUCAGCUAGAAGAGUAUCAAGUAGAUUUGUUGAGAAACAUGUAUCAGGUUCUCCAGAUGUUGACGAUGUCGUCGUUGUCCCGAUUCCAGAUGAAGUACACGGAUCGAAAAUUUGUGCUUGUGUCAUUAUGAAAAAUGGGAAAACAUUUGACGAGAAAUCCAUUUUUCAAUUCUGCCACGAAAACAUGCCUCAGCCAAAUAACUUUGACAACAUUUCAUCUACUCCAGAUUAUUUUCUAGAGUUUAACAAAUUUCCUAAACUAGGAAAUGGAAAAGUUGAUAGAUGUUUAAUGAAAACCACGGCAAUUGCACGUUUAAUCAAAAAAUCAAAGCAUUUUUGUUAGAAAGCCGAAGAAAAAAUGCACAAUAAAAUGAAGAGCAUAGUUUUCGAUUUCACUCGUUUCAUAUAUUUUGGUUAUAAAGGAAUUCGAAGGAAAUAAAAUCUACAUUCAAUCAAGAAUAAAUACUAACAACCGUAUUAAACCACCACUAUGUUUCACUCUAAUUAAUGUAAGCGAACUUACCUCAUAAAUUGUUACAUCACAUUUUCCUUAAAUUUAAUUUUUGCCUUUAUCGUAGUUAUCAUUUAUAACCAA